AUGGGCUUUGAUCGCUACUUCACCAGCCGCACACUCGAGAACAACCGGAGGAAUAUCUGGUUUGCGGAGUUCUGGGAGAACAAUUUCAACUGCAAGCUCAGCCGCCAUGCCUUGAAGAAGGGAUCCGGCAUUAAGAAAUGCACAAAUCAAGAGAGGAUCGGAAAAGACUCGUCCUACGAGCAAGAAGGAAAGGUGAUGUUCGUGAUUGAUGCAGUAUAUGCGAUGGCGCACGCCCUCCACAACAUGCACAAAGAACUCUGCCCUGGCAAAGUGGGACUCUGUUCCAAAAUGGACCCAGUUGACGGAACCCUCCUACUAAAGUACAUCCGCAACGUCAAGAUAGCAGGCAUUGCAGGCAGUCCGGUGCAGUUCAAUGAGAAUGGAGAUGCCCCAGGCCGUUACGAUAUCUACCAGUACCAGAUAAAGAACAAAACAGCUGAAUACAAGACCAUAGGCCACUGGACUGACCAACUUUACCUGAAUAUGCGGGCGUUGCAGUGGCCAGGUGGAGGGAAGCAGGUGCCGACUUCCAUUUGCAGUCAGCCCUGCAAACCCGGGUGGCGCAAGAAGAUCGUUAAGGGCAUUUCCUGCUGCUGGCACUGCGAGCGCUGCGAUGGUUACCAGUAUCAGUACGACCUUUACACCUGCAAGAUGUGCCGCUUUGAUUUAAGACCUAACAAAAAUCACACAGGCUGCCAGCCCAUUCCGAUUGUAAAGCUGGAGUGGAGCUCGCCCUGGGCAGUCAUACCGGUCCUCAUCGCUAUUCUCGGCAUCAUAGCCACUCUUUUUGUUGUGGUCACCUUCAUUCGCUACAACGACACUCCGAUCGUCAAAGCAUCCGGACGUGAGCUCAGUUACGUCCUGCUUACAGGAAUCUUUUUGUGUUACGCCACCACCUUCCUGAUGAUCUCGACCCCAGACGUGGGGAUCUGUUCGCUCAGGAGAAUUUUCCUGGGGCUCGGAAUGAGCAUCAGCUAUGCGGCGCUGCUCACCAAAACCAAUCGGAUUUAUCGGAUUUUCGAGCAGGGGAAAAUGACAGUGAGCGCGCCACGCUUUAUCAGUCCGGCGUCGCAGUUGGUAAUCACCUUCAGCUUGAUUUCCGUUCAGCUCCUAGGGGUGUGCAUCUGGUUCGCAGUGGACCCUUCCCAAGCUCUCAUUGACUACGAGGACCAACGCACGGCAGAUCCCGAGAUGGCACGCGGGGUCCUAAAGUGCGACAUUUCGGACUUGUCCCUCAUCUGCCUCCUGGGAUACAGCAUGUUGCUGAUGGUGACGUGCACAGUUUACGCCAUUAAGACGCGAGGGGUGCCAGAGACCUUCAACGAGGCCAAGCCCAUAGGCUUCACCAUGUACACCACCUGCAUCAUUUGGCUUGCUUUCAUCCCCAUUUUCUUCGGGACGUCACAGUCGACGGAAAAGAUGUACAUACAAACGACCACGCUGACCAUCUCGGUGAGUCUGAGCGCGUCUGUGUCUCUGGGGAUGCUCUACAUGCCGAAGGUCUAUGUGGUGCUCUUCCACCCGGAGCAGAAUGUGGCCAAACGCAGCACUCGCAGCCUAAAAGCUGUGGUCACUGCCGCCACCAUGUCUAACAAGUUCAACCCCAAGGCCAGCCUGCGGCCCAACGGAGAAGCCAAGUCGGAGCUGUGCGAGAACCUGGAAACUCAGGGUGAGCGGCUUUGACGAUAAACACUUUAUUGACACUGAUUUUUAUAUUGCAAUAAACCUGUUAUUAUAAUCUUAAAAACUUUAAUUCAUCAUCAUUCAAUUGCUCGUUUAAACGGAUCCGAAUUUGAAGAGGGUCGCAAAAUCGCGCCUCAGCAGUCUGGAUGCUUUAGAUUGAUUUUUGUUCUAAAUGCUCGAUUCACCCAAAAUCAACACAUCUGCUAUUAUUUACUCCUCGAUCACUGCAAACCAAUAUAACAUUCUUUUUUUAAAAUGUCAUUGAGAGGAUCAUAACAAGACAACCCGCUAAUCGUCUGGCUCACUGCACGCAAAGGUUAUUUUGGUUUCAUUAUGUGUGAAUCUAACUAUUUGCCGUCAGAUAUGCGCUAGCUGGUGAGUUUUUUAAAUUAUCAAGAGGCAAAUCGGUUGAAUCGGUACAGCAGUCCUUACUGAAACCCAUCUCCUGCUAAGUUAAAUAUCAAUAAAACACAGCAGCUGAUAAACAAGCUUUGUAAUACAGCAGUAAAUAAAAGCCUGCUGCCUCAGCAGAAAUAACUCACAUUCUAGAACAGAAGCAAACCUAUAGUCGUCCUGAAAGAGAAACGAAAGGAGUCAUAGUUUGCAUAAAUUAUAUUAUUCAUUAAGGCCACAAUUUACCAAGAUCCCAAAUAAAAUGUACUAAUUGGCUUCUGCAGUCAAUCAAAUUUUGUGUAAGCAUUAUAGCUAUACUAGGGGUAAAAAUAACACAAAUAGUCGCACAUGCACUUGCUUUAUUUCAAUUUAAGUUUUACCUAAAAGUAUUUGGUAUUUUUGCACAUGCAGAUCAGUGAUUUAAGUGGUAAUAUGACAACAUAUGUUACAUUCAGAUAUGAUUUUGUGCUCUUAAUCUAAUGUGGUAUUAAUUUGCACACCUUUUCUGAAGUUUUCAGAGGUGAUAAUUCAUUUUGCAAGCACUGUUUAAUUCAUUUGCAAUGACGUUGUCCUUUAUUCUACAUGCCCCGAAUGGCAUAUUCAUUAGGAGAAACCUGCGAAGAGGCGCUAUCUUCAGGUUCUAUAUCUGGAAUACAGAAUCCUCAGUAGACACAGCAGAUUUAAAAAUCUUUAUUAAUUUAUUUUUGCAUGUGCCAUCUGGUUUUCAUGUUUUUUAUAUGCACAACAAUUUAGUAAAUCACAGACUAAAAGUUUGCUUCACUGUCAACAUGAAUGUAGUUAGACACUACAACAGUUUUGAGACAGCAUCA